UCUCUGUGUGUGUGCCCAUGUGCAGGUACGUGCUGAGGAGGAUCCUGCGCCGAGCUGUGCGCUAUUCCCACGAGAAGCUUGGCGCCCCGCGUGGAUUCUUUGCCUCGCUGGUGGACGUGGUGGUGACGUCUCUGGGCGACGCAUUUCCCGAGCUCAAGAAGGACCCCGACGCGGUGAAGGACAUCAUCAACGAGGAAGAGGCGCAGUUUCUCAAGACCCUCAGCAGGGGGCGGCGCAUUCUGGACCGCAAGAUCCAGAGCCUGGGGGACAGCAAGACCAUCCCAGGGGACACUGCCUGGCUGCUGUACGACACCUACGGCUUCCCUCUGGACCUGACGGCGCUCAUCGCUGAGGAGAGGGGCAUGGGCGUGGACCUGGAGGGCUUCGAGGAGGAGAAGAAGGCGGCCCAGCUGAAGUCCCAGGGGAAGGGCGCGGGCGACGAGGACCACAUCAUGCUGGACAUCUACGCCAUCGAGGAACUGAGGAACAAAGGGGUCCCCACGACAGACGACUCCCUCAAAUACUGCUACACCUCUGACAGCUCGGGGAGCUACGAUAAAUGUGUACGCAGCCAUUUAAUACAUCACCCCUCCCAGGCGCUGAACGAGUCUCUGAAGCUGCUGAAGACGCACUCCCCCCAGACGGCUGCCAUGCUCUUCACAGUUGACAACGAGGCGGGCAAAAUCAUCUGCCUGUGCCAGGUGCCGCAGGAGGCGGCUAACCAGGGUCUGAAGGCCAGCGAGUGGGUGCAGGAGGUCUGCCCCCUGCUGGACGGCAAGGGCGGUGGCAAGGAUAUGUCAGCCCAGGCUACAGGCAGGAAUACUCACUGCCUGCAGGAGGCGCUGCGGCUGGCAGACGACUUCGCCCGCCUCAAGCUGGGCGACCUGAAGAACUGACGUGCUUGUAGUGGGGGGGAGGGGGAGGGGAAGGGGGGGGUGAUGUAGCCCCACUGCUCUGUCACUGGUGACGCCGCGAACAGACCGAGACAUUCCAGACAGGCCCUUUCCAUGGGAUGAUAAAGGGAAGCGGCUCAGUGCCGGAGCACGGUGGGGGCAGAGGCCUGGCGGGACUGAUGGGCACCCCUGUUCUGGCGGAACUCCUCGGUUCGGUCCGACCCGGACAGCUGAGCCCUCGUCGCACGCCCUCGCAGUGUCCGGGUCGUUCUUUCUCGAGCUGGGCCGGGGGUGAGCGUGCGUUGGGAGACCCGGAAUGGGGUGGGGCUCCCCGCUCCCCACCCCACUGGGUGCUCCAGCUGCCGAUGGAGCUGACCGGGUUUCCGAGCCGAGCCAGCAGGGGCGCCCUUCUCUCGCUAUCCUGUGCUGUAGCCUAGGGUUUGUGCAGCAGGAGUCGUGUGUAACUUGAAUGCAGUUGCUCCACUAGGCCUGACGGUGGCAGUGUUGCACGCCUCAGGCCAGGUCGCGUAGAGCUUUUGUGCAAACUCUCCUCCCCCACCACCCUCUGUUAAAAUAGCCACUUGGUAGAAGCUGUACAGUAGUCUGUCUUGGGGAAUGAGCCACAGAUUUUUCUCAUGUUAGGUCUCCUGCAAAGACCAUGUGCUGUUAUCGGAUCAUUGUCAUUGAGAAUGUCUACAACAAGCAUUACUAAUAAACCUUAACGACUGCAGCCUGUCCUUGUGGAAGAAACUCACGUCCUGUCAAUAAAGCUGUGGGUGAAAUGCA